UGUUUUCGGUUAUUUUAGCCACAACCAUUUUAAUGCUAUGAUAAUAAAACAUUUAAAGUGGCAGAGCAGCAGCAGUAACACGCUAGCCGGAUGUAUAAAGAGAGUGUAACCAAGGAAACAAAAAACCGGAAAAUGCCAUAGAGGAAAAUACACAAACAGCUGAUGGCGCGGUAACGUUACGUCGAUUGUUGUGAAAUAUGGCUGAUUAUAACGCAAUGACAAAAACAAGACCCAACUCCUCCGAGUCUCCAGCUGAAUCCCCUGAAAGCAUGGGAAGCAUCAGCAGGGGCGUGAAUGCAUCUCCUUCCUGUUACUCCGAUGUGUUGAACGCAUCACAAACAGGAUAUGCUAAGAAGGAAUUUAUUAUGAUGGCACCUGAAGAAAAGCUCAAACACUUCAACAGACGAGCUCAGGCCUGUGAAGACAACCAAGAGUUUGAUGCUUGCAUACAGGACCUGGUGCGUUGUGUGGCUUUGACUAGGCUGGUUUAUGGGGAUGGACAUCUGAAACUAGCCCAGGCCCAUGCCAGACUGGCUCAAGCAUAUUUCCAAUUCAACGGCUGGGGACUGCAGGCCCAGGAGCACUCUGCCCUGGCCAGAGAUCUGCUUCCUUUCUGCUCCUCCAUCUCCUCUGGCAGAGGUGAAAAGCAUGAGGUUCUUCUGUGUCUUCUGAACAUACACCUCAUUCAGGGAGGCGCUUCACUGCUGACAGUCAAUCUCGAGGAGGCACAAUCCUCUUUUCUUGAGGCAGAACAAGUUCUUGAGGAGCUUCAUCCACAGGGUGGCAUCAACCAGGAAGAGAAGAUGAGGACUGAGCUGGAAAUCUCCAUUGGUCUAUCCAGGGUCUAUAGGAGACAGAACAGACCAGAGGAUGCAUUAAGGCAGUGUGAGAAGUCUCUGCAAGUGCUGAAGGACUGUGGUAAGCCAGAGAAGACAUGUUCCGUCUACAGGGACAUGGCUGCCAUCGAACAGGACAAAGGUCAUUUGAACCGAGCCAUAGAGCAUCUCUCCAAGGCUCAUGCCAUUGCUAUGAGUCACAGCCCAGAGGAGCUGGAGGGGGCUCAGAUCUGCCACAGCCUGGCUCUCCUCCUUUCUGCUGCAGCAGAGCCCCGUCACAAUGACUCUGCAGGUCUCUACUUUGAGCAGAGUCUAAGUGCGUACAAACACUGUGCAGGCCCUCAGGAUCCUGCCUUUCUCACGGCCCAGGAUGAUUUCUGUCGUUUCCUCCUCCUCAGUGACCAGCAAGAGAGAUGUGUGGAGAUCCAGAGAGCUUCUCUUGCGACAAAGAGAUCUACUUUUGGUGAUGUGAGUGCUGAGGUAGCAGACACCCUUCAGCUGAUAGGAAGUGUAGAGAUGAGUGAGGGCAGGGUGGAGCAGGCCCAUAGGACCAUGACAAAGUGCCUGGAGAUCCAGAGUUUGUUGUACGGUUCUCAGCACAAGAAGACAAAAGCUACACAAAAAGCUGUGGACAUGCUGGCCCGGGCCCCAGAGGUGGCUGAGAGACAGAAGAGGCGAGGCAGAAGGAAAACAAAUCAGACACAGUCAGUUGCACCAUCCGCUGGCAAUGAUGGACACUCAAUGUCUGACUCCUAAAAUGUAAAUAGUUGAUUAUUUUGUCAGAACAAUGCAGCUUUGGAACGGAUAUCUGUCCACUGAUAUUUGUAUUUAAAAAGUUUGUCUUGCUUUUACUGUAUAUAAUAACACAGGCAGCUACCAAUGUUGAAAAUGAGCUUUAGUGACUUGAUAUAUCUACUGGAAUAACGUGAUAUUGAGUAACAUUGGUGAUAUAAGUAAGCUUUGAAGAAAUACCCACACUCAGAAAUCAUACUCACAAUAGAUUUUAAUUGUGUUAAUCAAUUUCCAAAUAAGCAAUGAUGCCAAUUGUUAAAUAUAAAUCAUUAUGUCAAUAAAAGCAAUGAUGUUUGACUAACA